GGAAGAAUCUAACAAUAAUUGCUCACCAACGAAUGGUAUGCCAAAAUCAGAUAGGAUAGUUGUUGAUGAAACGAUCAAGGGGGCUGAUAUAAGCAAGCUAAUGUCAGAGGAUGCUUUCUUCCGGUUGAAGAGUUUGGGAGCUGGCCUUCAUGAAAAGUCCCUUGAAGAACUUACAGAGAUGGCCCAUAAUUUCUAUGAUGAUACUGCACUCCCAAAGCUGGUGUCUGAUUUUGCGUCCCUGGAACUUUCUCCAGUGGAUGGAAGAACCAUGACAGAUUUCAUGCAUACAAGGGGACUUAACAUGUCCUCCUUUGGUCGUGUGCUACAGCUAGCAGAGAAGCUCCCACAUAUACAGUCUAUAUGCAUUCAUGAAAUGGUCAUUAGGUCGUUUAAGCACAUCAUCAGAGCUGUUAUUGCUGUUGUUGAUGACAUGCAAAAUAUGUCUGCAGCUAUAGCUAAGACUCUAAACAUAUUACUAGGCUCCCCCAGACUUGAAAAUGGUGCUGAUACAGAUGCACAUGUCGAGCAUAAUUUGCGAUUGAAAUGGGUAGAGAGCUUCCUUUCAAAAAGAUUCAGCUGGAAACUGAAAGAUGAAUUUGCACACCUGCGAAAAUUUAUCAUUCUGAAAGGGCUUUGCAGCAAGGUUGGACUAGAGUUGGUUGCAAAAGAUUAUAAUUUGAAUAGCCCUAACCCAUUCGACAAGUCUGACAUUAUCAGCAUUGUUCCUAUAUGCAAGCAUGUGGUCUACUCCUCAAUUGAUGGUCGAAACUUGCUGGAAUCAUCGAAGGUGGCACUGGAUAAAGGAAAACUAAACGAUGCCGUCAGCUAUGGAACAAAGAACAUACCUUCCGCUAAUACUAUCACACGACAUCCACUGGACGAGCUCAAACUUGCGCACCAACGGUGCGCCCCAGUUUCUAGUAGCCUCACUGAUAGCAUCUCGUAAUAAAGAUGAACGGGCUAAGGUAGCCAUCUGUCGUAGAAGCUACGAGAUGCAAGAUAGUGGCGUAGUAGCAGUUGUGAUGUUAUUAGCUGCCUAGAUCUUGUUUAAUUUGACAACAAGAACGAAGACGAUGAAGAGAGAAAUUAACGGUGCCUGUCUCCGCGGACACGGUGCUCGUGAUUGCAUCA